AUGGGAAAGGAGAGAGGAGACGGAGUUUUAGUCUAUGCCCCUACCCUCCAGGCUGAGCGUAGAUGUGAGCUCCUUGCUUUCCGAGACAAAUGGGUGUUCUUUUCCGCUAUUGAAAAAGAAAUGUUUCUCAUAGUUGGUGAGAACAAGAAAGACAAAGAUGGGAAGCGCCUCAAGGUCAAGGGAGGAAAGAGAGAAUAUCCUGCCAUCAAAGCUGCCAAAUUGCAUCCAAACCAUGACCACAUCGAGCUGAGUGCUUCUGCUGCAAGGUCAUUCUCCACAGAGAAAAAAAACCUCCUGAAGGAGAAACUGACCGCAGAAGGUGAAGACAAAGGGUGCCAACUACCCAUCGUCGUGGCUUCCAGUCCAAGUUCGAAUUCCUUCAAUGUCGGCUAUCUUCACGCCUACAAGUACGAGGUAAUAGCCGGCCAGCACAUUGUCCAGGCACGGAAGGAGAUCGGCCAAGAAACGGGAAAGGGCAAAGAUACUUGCACAUGCGCAAUCUACUGGGGUUUGACAGAGGAAGGAAAGAGGAUGCUGGCACUUCAGAACGCCAAGCUACAAGGAGUCCCCUAUGAUGCCCUUGACGUACUGGAGAAAUAUGAAGAACUUCGAGAAACCAUGGAGAAUGAAUCUGAAAUCCACGCAGCUUAUGGUGAGAUCCUGAAAGAUAAAAAGAAGCAUCAGGUCCUGAAGAACAUAUUCCAAAUGGGGUCCGAGGCAGUGCAAGGAUUCCUGACCGUAGCAAGGGAGUUAGAGACGAAGGAGCCUGGCUGCAUUGACAAGAGACUAUCAUCUACGACAUCCGGGGAAUCCCUGCAUAACCACAAUUGAUUUCCUGGAACACAGGAAAAUCCUGAGACGGGGAAGUGACAUGAAAGAAUUUGCAGACAAACUACAGGAAGUUAUCCAAAGGAAGACCCUGAUUAGAUCCUUUGCAAGGAUUGCCGGUAUGGAGGAGGAAGAAGUUUUGCACAGGUUCUCGCAACAAGUGACAAGUGAGUCCCUAAAGUCGUUCAUGGGAAUGAGGAAGCCCGAGGAAGCAGAUGAAUGGACGAGUUUUGUGAAACUGCAUAUGUCGCCAAGGCAUUCAGUGGGAAAAAGAUUAUCCAGAAACCGGUCAAGAAGUUAAAACCAUUCUUGGGAACCCCCUAGAAAUUCCCAAAGGAACUUUCAUUCAUCCUCUCCAUGCAGCGGUCUUUUCCAUCAAUGACCCUGGGGAUGUUGAGAAGUGCCUCCUCGGCCUCCAUGCACAUCAGGGUCGUUGCAAGGCGGAGAAGAAAAUACCCACCGCGUUUUGCGCUGGAGACAUCAUGCAUGCAGCAGAGGUUCGAGAGUCUCUCAGAAGGCAUGACUUAAAAACUGAUGUGGCUAUUUUGCAGGGGGAACAUCGUGAAGGAGAACUCUUCAAGCACCAUCAUUCCUAUGUUGUUAUCGGAGCCAGACACAGGAUUGACCUUCCAUCAUCUGUGCUCACAAGGAAGGAGUUCCUGCAAUCCUUCCAUAAACCAAACUGCUGGCUCUUGUCAAACAUCCGAGGG